AGUCCAAACACCAUGUCUAGUCCAAGCACCAUGUCUACUCCAAACACCAUGUCUACUCCAAACCCCAGCUCUACUCCAAACACCAUAUCUACUCCAAACACCAUAUCUACUCCAAACACCAUAUCUACUCCAAACACAAUAUCUACUCCAAACACCAUAUCUACUCCAAACACCAUCUCUACUCCAAGCACCAUGUCUACUCCAAACACCAUAUCUACUCCAACCCCAUGUCUACUCCAAACACCAUGUCUACUCAAAACACCAUAUCUACUCCAAACACCAUGUCUACUCCAAACGCCAUGUCUACUCCAAACACCAUAUCUACUCCAAACACCAUAUCUACUCCAAACACAAUAUCUACUCCAAACACCAUAUCUACUCCAAACACCAUCUCUACUCCACACACCAUGUCUACUCCAAACACCAUAUCUACUCCAAACACCAUCUCUACUCCAAACACCAUAUCUACUCCAAACACCAGAUCUAAUCCAAACACCAUGUCUACUCCAAACACCAUGUCUACUCUAAACACCAUGUCUCCUCCAAACACCAUGUCUACUCCAAACACCAUGUCUACUCAAAACACCAUUUCUACUCCAAACACCAUUUCUACUCCAAACCCCAUGUCUACUCCAAACACCAUAUCUACUCCAAACACCAUCUCUACUCCAAACACCAUAUCUACUCCAAACACCAUCUCUACCCCAAACACCAUGUCUACUCCAAACACCAUAUCUUCUCCAACACCAUAUCUACUCCAAACACCAUGUCUACUCUAAACACCAUAUCUACUCCAAACACCAGCUCUACUCCAAACACAAUAUAUACUCCAAACACCAUGUCUACUCCAAACACCAUCUC